AUGGGCAUCAUUUGUGUUACCGACAAGAAUGUUGGAGGAGCAAGAGCUCAUCAUCAGCCAUUACCAACACCAGCAAUACUUCAUCCAAAAAGAGCGGUAGCAAAACCUUCAGGAGAAAAUACACCGAAUACACCAAACCCAGCGGGAGGAGACUCUAAACAAACAGGGGCAACAUCACCUCAUACAAGCAAAUUUCAAAGCCCUAUUACCACUAAAUACGCUAUCAAAUACCAUGAAGGCGUAAAUCUCGAAGCAUCAUUGUAUUCAUCAUUGUAUAAGAAUCAAAAGUAUCUUUUAUGCACUGCAGUACCUCCUGAGAUACCGUUCUACCAAACAGAUAUCAAAGUCGAAACAAACCCGUCUUUAACUUCUUUCUACACCACAUUGUUUCAGGAGAGACCUUCCAAGAAGAAACAAAAUAACCUUCUUCAUAUUGUUUCGUCCAGCGACAGCUUCGACAUUGCAAUGGGAGAAGAUUUUAGGAAUCAUCAAGAAAAGAGACAAGAGUUUGUUGAGUCGCCAAUUCCACUGUUUAUUUGCAAUCUCGUAAAAUACAAUGAAAAAGUCGGAGAGGAAGACUUUUCCGUUCAUGAAUUUAUCUUUAAAUGGAAAUAUACAAAGAGAGAACUAAUUCCAAUUACCGGAGAAGGAGAAAUCAACUUGGAACCAGUCAAACGAUUAGAACCGAAAGAGCAUGCCUUCUAUACUUCUGAAACCCAACUUUAUAAUUACAAAGACCCAAAUUUCAUUAAAUGGCAGAAGAAGCAUGAGUUGGAAAUACGUGAUGAGGAAGACGCAAUCGAUUUCUUACAGAGAGGACUCAACGCCGUAUGGGCGUCUCUUGACAUCAAGCCGACAAAUUAUCAGCGAGUUUCUGCAACCACUGUGCUGGAGGCAAAGAGCGACAGCUCUUUUGGAUUAGUAACAGUAUUUAUUGCCAUUUGUCGAGCGAAUAGCAUUCCUUCCCGAGCACAUUUUGGAUAUCAAUGCUCGUCUACAGAUAAGAAAAAAGAACACAAGCGGUUGCUUAAAUCAGGUAUCUCUCCGUCACUCAUUUACACAGAAUUUCAUUCAAAAGCUGAAGUGUGGAUCGAUAAUUUAGGGUGGAUACCGGUUGAGGUUUCGGACAAGGAGAAGGGUAUUACCAAUGCAGAACCCAUUCCCUUUUUAACCUCUCACUUUUUUGAUAACCUAUCCAUGGACAUGCGACCUUUUACCUCAAGAUCAUCAACCCUUAAUUAUUGCAGUGCCAACGAAUAUAAAGGAACGUCUGAAGAAAUUAAGAGCAUUUUCAAAACUCCAGAAGAAGAAAAGUUUGAUGGUGCAAUUGUAAAGCUGUGCAACGAUUUUUUAAUGUUGUGGCAAGCAGCAAGAAGGAAACGAUCAAUGGAGAUGCUGAGACAAACUUUUGCGAAAUUGUCCAAUGGAUUAAGGGAGGAGUUCCACCAAGAAUGUACAGUAUUUGAUUCGGUGUUUUUCCAAGGUUACGAUAUUACAUUCCUUCCUUUCAAAGUUACAUCUAGGAAAACAAACAAGGAUGGAAUUUGCCAUUCCACCAUCAUGUUCACAGACUUACAAACAAUGGAAACUGAAGAGUAUAUAAUAUCGCUUGACAUUGAAGAUGACUUCAUUGCAGAUAUUAACAUUGCCUCAAUACCCAGCUUGCAUGAAGAGGACAAGGUAGAGGAAAGAAAACUGAAAAUCCUGGGCUCGUAUGUGCGGAAAGAGUUCAGUUAUUUCCCUCCAGUAUUUUCAUUUGGAACACACAAUCAAUCAUUGCACACUACCGUGAAAUCACAGUUGCAUUACUGGGAUUUUCAUGAAACCCCUAGGAAUGAUCAAGAUAAAUAA